AUGUCGGUGAUGGUGAAACAAAGCAAAAUGCCGAUAGCAUCUGACAAUCUAACCCUGACCUGUGAUGUCACUGGGCGCUAUGACACCAUCUACUGGAUGAAGGACAACCUGUUUCUGGUCCUGAACAACACAUUGAACUCUGACAUCACCAUCUCCAACAACUCUCUGCACUUCAGUCCAGUCAAGGUGUCUAACGAUGGAAACUAUCAGUGCGUCGCCACCAACCUCCUUCGUCCACACACCAGCCCUAAAUACCAGCUAUUGGUGAACUGUAAGUACUGCCGUUUUAAUCUGUUGGUAAAAUAUUUUAAAAUAUAAAAAUGGUACGUUAUAUAAUGUAGAAACAGUCAGAAACCCACCACUAUUAUAUUAUGACGGUUAGUGCUAUCUGUGAUCCUUGGGACUUCCCUACCCUAAACCCUAACCCUAACCCUUACCUUAACCAUUUUACAUUUCAACUUCAAUGGGGGGACGUCAGAGUUGGACGUCCCAAGGAUUCCAUUGAGACUUUUCCCUAUUAUGACCCACCGUCUCUGAACCUCUCUCUGUAGAUGGCCCUCUGAGUGUGAACAUCUCUGGCCCAGGUUUAGUGGUAAUUGGCUCAGUAAUCACUGUCAAUCUGAAGUGCUCAGCUGACUCCCGGCCAACCAGCGAGUACCGGUGGAAAUACAACAACCAAUCAUUGCCGGCAACUGGUCCUUUGAUGGCCGUAGGUGUCUCCUUGAAAAAUGCAGGGAUAUACACCUGUGUGGCCAAGAACCCUCUGACUAACAUCUCAAUGUCCAAGACCAUUAGUCUGGAUAUCACUGGUAAGUGGGUGGGUUGUUGUAGUAAGACCGAGGUGGGAUGUACUGAGUAAUUAAAUGUGACAAAGUUGUUUUUAAUAUGUUGAAUUUAAUUUGGUUCUAGUUUGUGUACUUGUUUGUGCAAGGAUCAUUUUCAUGCAUCAGGGAAAUGCAAUAAAGACAUUUUCUGAACUGGGGAGUACAGACAGGAAUCAAGAAGAUAUAUACACUGUUUAUAUAUUUUUGAACAUCCUCACUCACUCAUUAUAUUUCUCCUCCCCUGCCUCCCCUCCUCUCCCAUUCUCCUUUCUCUCCCAGGCCACUCUCCUGCCCCUCCAUUCCAGUCCAGAGUUGGUCUGAUGCUGAUGGCCCUGCUAGCUCUCUCUCUCUGCCUCUGA